AUGGGGCUGUCGACUCUUCAUGGGAGGAUCACAUUAGACUUGUGGCAGACACUGCGGCAAGAGGACUCCCUCAAGUUGGCCACCACGACACUUCAUGGUGCAGCUAAGCAGCUGCUCGGCCUCACUCUACCGAGGAUACCAAUGUGGUUGCUGCAAGAGUGGUGGACAGAUGCAUCGUGCUGUAUCGAUGCCUUCAAGUACACAGUCAGACUCUGCACCCUGGGUCUGCAACUACUCGAUGCUAGUGCUCUGCUGAGUCGGGCUUCUGAGAUGGCCUCUGUAUUGGGCAUGCCUGAUGUCGAAGAGGUUCUCACCCGAGGCAGCCAGUAUAGAGUGGAGUGCAUCCUCCAUCGUGCUGCUUCCAGGACGGGCUUUGGUCUGGUCUCAUCAUCGAAGGCUCAGGUCAAAGCACAACCGGCACUGGAAGGUGUCCCGAUGGUGCUGGAGCCGAGGUCGGGAUACUACCGCACGCCCACCAUCAUUCUAGAUUUCCAGAGUCUCUAUCCAAGCAUUAUCAUAGCCUAUAACAUGUGUUUUUCCACUUGUCUAGGCAGAGUUGAGCAUCAGGACCUCACUGUUGCCCUCGGCACACAACGAGACAAGCCAUAUACAGUAACCAUGGGUGGGCUCAUUUAG